AUGACUUUACUUUGGAUAGUAGGGGCAAUAUUAUGCUCAUGUAACCUUGGCUCUGUACAGGCUGAAGCAGUAUCAACACGUUUACUUCAUGAUGGAGUGUCACAGAAUGAUGUAGCUUCUGCCAAGGCUCCCGUGAUCGACUUUCAUGAGCAACUUACAGACGCUUCCGUUGAAGGUGCUGCUACCACUGCCACGAAUACUUCUGAAAGUGCUGCUACUGCUGUCAGUGACACUUUUCCUGAUACUGCUACCAGUUCUACUCAUACUACUGCUAGUGAUGAAGUUAAUGGUAAUGAAGAUGGUUCUUUCGCUCUUCAAGAAACGAAAGUCGACGGUCAUGAAUCUGAUUCCUCCGCCCAUACCGAAGGUAAUGGUCAUGAGUCUGAUCAUUCCGCCCACACUGAAGAUAGCGGUCAUGAAUCUGGUUCCUCUCACGACUCCCACGGUGGCGAAGAAUCGGCCCAAGAAGGAGGAAUGAGUGCCAUGAUGUUUUUUGGACCCGCGUGCGCCGGAGUACUGGCUAUCGUUCUCAUUGGUGCUGUUAUUGCUUUCAAGAGUCGUAUGAGUUAA